GGUGGUAGCAGCAUCGGCGGCUGACUUUAGUCAACCCAUAGCAUCGUGGAUAGAAAGCUACGUUUAAUAAUCGUUCAAUUAUUUUCCUCGAACAUGCAUACAAGUUUCUCUAAUAUCACUUGAAGCCAUGAUGGUACUGUGCAAUUCUUAUUAUAACAGUGCUCGAAAUAGAUGUAGAAUCCCGGAUACAUGUUGCGCACCUUGCUUACGUUAUUUAAUAAGAUUUAUUAGUUAAAAGACUGUAAUUAAUAAAAAGGCAUAAACCAAACGCGAAUGGAAGCAAUUUCGAAACAGAUGUCACAAAAUUUCGACGUGUUUUAAUUGAUCCUUUGAGUAAAUAUACAAACUACCACGGACAGCCGAUGCACGGAUUAAUUUCCUAUUACCAUAAAAGGACAUAAAUGAAGUUUUUACUGUGUGACACCCACAAAUACGUAAUUUUCUUUAAACGAGAAACACCCAAUUAACGAUAUCUAAUAACAACGAAGCCAGUGCAUUAUUCCAAUUUAACGUUUAAAGUGUCCAGUCACGUGUCCGUUUAAAGAAAAACUUCGUUCAAUUACAAUUUCCUAUUAAGCCAUGUACUGUGACGGAGAGGCAGCCCCAGUUAACGGAAGAAUGUUUUGCAUAGUUAUCCACGAUGAUAUGGUACCCAUACCACGCCUAACACUAUCGUGACGCAAAUUCGCCGACGACUGUACAGAUCGGUGCUGUGUCUAAUCGUUCGGUUUCACUAAUAACGAGAGUACCGUGUAAAUACCGCUGCCAGUUUGACCGAAAAAAGCGAGCUUACACAUUGAAAGGCCACUGAAAUGCUUCAAACUUGACGCACACGUGACUUACGCGUUGUACGUAUCGCGAUUUCGUUAUCAGAAGGAUAUAGAGAAGUGAAAUUUUCACACGAAAAAGGAUCGACCAUGGCCAAGAAGUACGAGGACACGAAGGAGUGGAACACCGCCAGAAUGGGAAUCUCUUUGCUGUUGAAUAACAAAACGGAGGAAGCGGAAGCCCUAUUUUCCGGUUACCCGCAUAGCUUCCACAUAAAAUCAGGUCGCUGCUUUGUCUCCUUUAUGAACGCUCUGAUGACCUUUGAGAACGAUAAACUUCAGCAGGCCAUGUUGUUGCUGAAAGAUAUGGAACGGGAAUGCGUGAGCGAUAUAGGGUGGUUGAAGUCUAUGAAGAGUAAAGUCUUCAAAGCGGAAGAAACAGGCAAGGAAUAUGUGAAUAAAUUGGAAAGGCAAAUAGUUUUAGCAGAUUCGCAAGUCUGUUCGGCGAUAUUAACGCUACUGCAACAAGAAUUAACUGGUUACGUGCGCGGUGGUUGGAUAUUACGUAAAGCCUGGCGAGUUUAUCAACAUGCACACUCGCAAAUCUUACAACUCUACAAGCGCACCUUUGGCUCUAAUCCAUCCGUCGGGUUCGAUACAAGGUGCAGCACUCCGUCGUGCAAUGGUUCGUCUUACUCGCUGCGCUCGUUGCAGAGCCCAGCGAGCACAGAUUCCUCGGAGUGGUCCAUACCGUCCUGCAACGGUUCGACGAACAACCCGACACCCAUCUCGUCCCCCUCAGGUCUGCGAAGCUCUCUAUCAAUGUUCUUCUCGCUCACUGGCAUCACGUCCGAACAACAGACACCGUUCAUUGAACCUACCGAGGUCUCACGGUUGAUGUCGGCGGUUAGCUUUGGUUACGGGAUUUAUCAACUUUGCGUCAGUUUACUGCCACCCUCUCUGCUGAAAGUGAUCCAUUUCUUGGGCUUCGAGGGUGACAGAGAAGCAGGCCUCGCUGCACUCAUGUACGCGCGGCUCAGCGAGGACAUGCGUGCACCCCUUGCCACAUUGUCUCUACUUUGGUACCAUACCAUAGCGCGGCCGUUUUUCGGUCUCGAUGGAAGCAAUCUACGUGCUGGCGUCAACGCUGCGAGGCAAUUAAUUGCGGAAUGUCAACCAGAAUUUAAUAACUCCGCAUUAUUCCUCUUUUUCGUUGGACGAAUAGAAAGACUCGAGUCCAACGUAAACGGUGCUCUGGAAGCGUACGCGAACGCUGUCGAGGCUUCGUGUCAAAGGGAGAUCAAAUUAUUGUGUCUACACGAAGUGGCUUGGUGUCAUCUAAUUUGUCUGAGAUACGAUAAAGCUUACCGAUCCUUGACGCAAUUGCGACAGCAGUCUAGGUGGUCGGUGAGCUUUUACGCUUACUUAGCAACCGUUUGUUGCGGAUCGAUGGGUAAAUCGGACGUUGUAGCCUCGUCUUAUCAAAAGAUUCUAAAUUGUUCUGACCGAAUGAAUAAGGACACGCAACUGGGAUUGUUCGUUCUGCGGCGGACAGCUAAACUCGUAGAUCAGGAGACUGGACAACCUCAUACCGUUUUGUACUACAAAUUACUCGUUUAUGAGCUGCUCUACUUAUGGAACGCGAUGCCGUCUUGUUCCGUCGAAUCGUUGCAAGAAAUACUUUUAGGUCCUUCAAAAGAUCAAACCCGUGAUUAUGAGUGAUAUCCGAUGAGCGUACAAAACACGUACUGCUGUGGAAAUGGAAGAACCUGUCCAGCUGCUAUAUUAAAUUCCUCUCGCCGAUCCCCUUGGUACUGUAAAUUCAUCAAACCAUUUGUAUUUUGCGUUAUUACGUCGUUGUUAGCAAUGUCCGUGUCUCAUUUGUGCGACAAAUACUCAGCCAGUACAACCUACAAAAUAAUCAGAUCCGACUUGGUGAAUCUACGUACACAUUUGAAUACCCUAUCGAUGGAAGUGAAGAGCGUAAUGGAAACGCGAGACGAUUUAAAGAGUAAGUUGAAAGAAGUCGGAUACGUGAUACCGAAGAUGUCUGAGGCCAUUCUCUAUUUAAGAAACGAAGUGUCCGAGGGAAUGGAGCAGCACACGAAGGCAUUGCUUAAAGCCAUGUCCCCGGAAGCUGUCCGAGAGCUGGUAAGGAGCGAAUUGCAAACGUACGACGCUGACAAAACCGGGAGGACAGACUACGCACUCGGAAGUUCAGGCGGUGCAAUUCUCUCGACGAGAAACACGGAAACGUACUCGGCUGGUGCACCGGUGCUGAAACUCUUCGGCAUACCCAUUUGUCAACAACAAAAUACACCGCAGGCUAUAAUACAGACCGGCGUCCUCCCGGGCGAGUGCUGGGCAUUUAAAGGUAGCAGUGGAAGUGUAGUAGUACAAUUGCUUGGCCUUGUCUACAUUUCUGGUGUAAGUUUGGAACACAUCCCACAAUCGAUAUCCCCGACCGGGGAAACGAGUACCGCCCCAAGAGACUUCUCUAUCUUGGGUUUAACCAGCGUAGACGACACGAAUCCUUUUUUCUUUGGCGAAUUCACGUAUGACAAUAAUGGUUCACCUGUACAAUAUUUCGAAGUUCAACAUAAAGCGAAGAAAGCAUACGAAAUAGUCGAACUAAAGGUUCAUUCCAAUAGCGGUAACAACGAGUACACCUGCAUCUACAGAAUAAGAGUACACGGCACCCUGAGUAAAAAGAAUAGGUAAUUUCCCUUGUUUGCAAUCAGUGGGUUUUCGCGAUCAAGAGGACACUGGCUGAACGGAGAGUUCUAAGAGGCUAUUUGUAUAGCAUAAUUAAUAAUAUAAUAUCGAUGUGGCUAAGGUUUUCGUAUGUAA